AUGUUGGGGAAAGGAGGAAAACGGAAGUUUGAUGAGCAUGAAGAUGGGCUGGAAGGCAAAGUUGUGUCUCCUACUGAUGGUCCAUCGAAGGUGUCCUACACCUUACAGCGCCAGACUAUCUUCAACAUUUCCCUUAUGAAGCUCUAUAACCACAGGCCACUGACGGAGCCGAGCCUGCAAAAGACAGUUCUGAUCAACAACAUGCUCAGGCGGAUUCAGGAGGAGCUCAAACAGGAAGGCAGCCUGAGACCCGUGUUCCUCACCGCCUCCCAGCCGCCCGACGCGCUGGGGGACGACUUCCGAGAGGCGCAGCCUGCCUUUAGCCACCUGGCCUCCUCGCCGGCCCACCCCGCCGACUUGGCAAACACUACGUCCUUAGAGUCUUGCCUCACGCCAGCCUCUCUGCUGGAGGACGACACUUUUUGCACUUCUGCGCCCGUCCCAGCCAGCGGUCCCCCCAAACUCCCGCCUCCGCCCGCCCCGCCCGAAAAGGACAGCUUCUCCUCAGCCUUGGAUGAAAUCGAGGAGCUCUGUCCAACACCUACCUCCGCCGAGGCCGCAGCCGCUGCCGACGGCUCAAAAGAAGACUCCAGCGCGGCCAACGCUCAGAAGCCCGAGGGGCUCCCGGAGAGCCGGGGGGCCGACCCCAAACUCCUGGACUCCCUGCCCGGGAACUUCGAGAUAACAACGUCCACGGGCUUUCUGACAGACUUGACCUUGGACGACAUUCUGUUCGCGGACAUAGACACGUCCAUGUAUGACUUUGACCCCUGCACGUCGGCUGCGGGGGCAGCCUCCAAAAUGGCGCCCGUCUCCGCAGACGACCUCCUCAAGACUUUAGCUCCCUAUAGUAGUCAGCCAGUCGCCCCCAAUCAGCCUUUCAAAAUGGACCUCACAGAACUGGAUCACAUAAUGGAGGUGCUUGUCGGGUCGUAAAACCUAGAAAACCCCGGAGACUUUUUUCUGUACCAGUAUAUACACACUCGGUAGUAUUUUCACAACCCUACAGAUUCACAGCACUGUGCAUGCAUCGUCCUUGCUUGCCUUUUCCAGGAAAAAAAAAAAGGAUCACACUAGUACUUUUUGCCUCAAGCAGAGUUGGAGUGCCUUCAUCCAUGUAUGACCACUUUUAAUGUGUUUUGAAGUGGUUCCUCAAAGAAGACCUAAUAUCCUGGUAUAGGAAAGAAUACAUAUGGAAGACAAUAUUAUUACAUUGUUAUUAUAAAAAAAAAAGCGAAGCACAAGGAUUAAGUUGGGGAAAGCUGUAAAUUGCAUGUGCAUAUUUGUCUAUUUUUUCUAUAAGUUUUAUUGCAAGAGGUAAAAAAUUUAUUAUUUAGAUAAUCUCAGUAUCUUUUUUGGCAUUUUAGCCCUGUGUAGGUUGACUUAGCAAUUCAGCCUUUUGGAGGCAUUAACUACUCCUCUUAAGUGUUGCAUUUACAUGGCUGUUUAGAAACUGCUGCCCAAAUUUAUUUUAUAUUUUUGUACAGAUUCUGCAGUUUAUGAUAUUGUUUUUCUAAAAACAAAUGCUGUUUAUACACACAAAAUAGCUAUUUUGAUAGGAUUUGCUCACAUAGUUCCUGCAUACUUCAAAUGUACAAGAUACGCUUGUACUUUUAUACAGAGUUGUAAUGUUUUAUAUGUGUAUGGUGCAAAGAGAAAAUCAGAUCAAAUUAAUCUGCAGUCGAUAUUCCUAAAUGCAAACACACAGUGCUUUAAGAAAGGGCCAGGAGAUAUUUCACCCAAGUUUCACAAGUACCAACUCCCAGGUAUACAAACACCUGUGUACUACUGUGAUUUCUAAACCUAGAGCCAUGUCUACUCAUCAAACUUGUAUUAAGCAGUUGGCAGGAAAUAGCUGUGAAACUUGGGUUCUAGGGGACGGUUCUCUGUAGCUUUCUCUUUGGAGAGGAAGGCUACCGAAAACUUAGCCUUCCAGUAUGUAUGCCAAGUUACUGUUUUUAAUUUUUUUUUAAAUUGAACCCAAAUGUUUCAUUUUAACAUAAUUUUCUCUGUGACUUGAACUUAAUUAGCUUUCUAGAAAAUCAUUACAUCUGAACUGAAUUUUAUUAAGAGUCAAUCAUUUUAUGGAAUGAAAAUACCUAUUAAGAGUAAGUUUAUUUUGUUUUUCAAUUGCAUUUUUAAAAGGCAUACAUCAUUUAUUCCAAUCAUCUUAGACCAUUCUUCCUCCCUUCUGCCCCCCUUCCUUGGAGCAUUUGUUCACUCUGUUGAUAAGUGCUGAAAAUGGCAUCUUCAGUAUUACUGCAGUGAAGCUCAUCUCUUAUCUGCACUGGAUGGACUCUAACUUUAAUAUCCAUUGCUGUGGAAACUGGAGUUAGUCGCAUUACAUCACUUGGCAUCUCCACCGUGGUUGGUCUCUUUCAUCAACCGCGCUAACUGCUUUACACUUUAUAGGCCUGUUGUACCAGAAUAUACAAACACAGCUUUCUAUGCAUGUUUCUUCUCUCCCUCCCAUAACACCUGAGAAGUCUUCGUUACUGCACCAAUGGCGUUUUUAUUCAUUGUGGUGUACAUUUAAUUUUAAAAUGUUUGCAAUGUAUCAUGCCUGUCGCUGGAAUAGUUUAUGGCAUUUUAGGGCCCCCCCUUACCCCUCUCCCUGCCAUGGUACUUUAGAGCUGUUGCGUGCAAGUUGCAACCUAUAUUGUUGAAAUGCAUAUGGCUUCUUUAGGAAUAACUUUUAUAUUUAUUUAAGAAAUUUUAAAUUAUGGGGUUUUUUUUUGUUUGUUAUGUCAUUUGACAAUAUUCAGUCAUCGAUUCUGCUCGCUUCUUGCCAUGGAUAAAAUUGGGUAUUUUCUGUCUAUUAAAAGGGUAACUUAUAAAAUGGCACUUUAAACAGGCCAUAGAUAGUCUACAUAUUAAUAUAACACACAUGACAAAGCCGAUAAAUUACGUCAGUCAAGGUUCACGAGUGAAAUCCUUCUGGACCCUCAUUUACUUUCAUUCCCCCUUGAGUUUUGUUUCAAAAGACUUACUAACUCAGUGAAGCAGCAAGAAACUAAUAGAAUUCUAGUUCUCUUACAAACUACCUUAAUACCCACAACUUUUUGAUACUGCGGACAGAUUAGGUAUUCUCUCUUGGUAGGAUUAGGGACUACAUUCAGUUGAGGAAAUGGGAAUGGCAGAUACCGUUAUAUUUUGCACCCCAUGUAGUUGCAAUUGCUCCAUUUUGGCUCUUCUCUUCCUUGUCCCCCCCCCCCCAAAAAGGCAAUCCUGCCCUUGGAUUCCAUGAUUUGUAGCAUUGGAGAAGCUGGGAAAACUGCCACACGCUAUGCACAUAUAUGUGUACAUGUACAAUAGUGCUGAUUGUUCAGAACAAUAACAUAGCAGGCAAUCGAUUCACCAUUGUUAAAACUGAUUUACAGUAACCCAGAACAACUGCACUUUCGUUGGACUAGCAAAUUGUAUAUUUAAACAAAUACCUUAUGUUAGGCAAUAGUUCAAAAGAGCACCAUUUCCAAAGCAAUGAAGUAUUGCCUAAAACUUGUUCUCCUUUGAAUCUCCUUCAUUUGUAAGGCAGAGUUAGAAUAGAGAAUGAAUAUACUGUGUGUGUAUGUGUGUGUAUGCCUACACAUAAUAUAUGUGUGUAUAUGUAUGUGUGUAUAGGUACAUGAGCAUGUGUGUAUAUAUGUAUAUGUAUGUCUAUAUGUGCGUGUACACACGCAUGCACACACUUUAAUAAGGAAGAUAAGGGAAAUUGGUGGUCCAUUUUAAAAGGGCAGAACCAUCAGGUUUUAGACUUUUUUUUUACAAAAUGAUGUACCAGAAGGGCAGGAAAAAAACCCUCUUUACUGUGGCCUCUAAGCCUCAGUUCACCAGGAACAUAACUUGCUGAAUAUUCCAUUCUUCAGCGAUAACAUUUCCUUUUAUAAUCUGGGCAUCACGAACAGUUCAGAGUCAAACAGGCAGUUGGAGGAGCCUUUCUAAAAGAAAUGCCAGGCUGGGGUGGGUGUAGGGGUGGGGGUGGGGGGUGGCAGUGACAUUUAUUGACAAUGAUGUGCAAUGAAGUGACAAGAUGAGAGCAGAAUGAAAAAGCUUUGAAUUUGAAGUGAUUUUUUUCAUAAGUUAUUUAUUCCUUUUUCUUUGUAAAUAUAUUUAUUUUAUUGUGAAGCUAACAACAUCUGGAUUGUAACAUGUACAGAAUGUAUGGUAGGAAUGUAUUCUCUUGUAGGAAUGUAAAUCUGUAUUAAAAAGGGGAUCAGAGCCAGACUCAGAAACUGAACUGGGUUCUUUUCAUGGUAUGCACGGUUCACAUUUAUUUUUACUCUUUUCUAAUGUGGGUCUAUUUGAAAUAUGCAAAAGGUAUGGAUGAAGAUUGUUUUAAUAUCCCCAAAUUUUUAGGAAAAUCAAGCAUUCAAAGGGUCGAUUUUUAAAAGAUUUUUACUAACACUGCUUUCCCUUUAUCAAGGAAGGAGCAACCAAAUUGACAGGCUUGUUCAUGCCAAAGGGCCUGACACAAGCCACAGAUUCACACCUGAGUGUCUUUCUCAUUCAUUAUCAACUGAUGCAUUCAAAUAAAAAUUACAUUUCCUUCGGGGUACCCUCACUGCCCUGAGGUAGGAAAAUGAACAUUUCUUGACGUAAACUCCAAAAAGUAAUCGUGUAGUGUUCCGGAUCAUUUUUAAAGCUUAAAUUUAUGAAUCACCUCUGUGGUACACAAUGAAUGAUGAGUACCAUGGGGCACCCUUCUUAAACGACUAGUGAAAGAUGCUGAUUCCACUGGUUGGUGCAGCAAUCGGGGUGUUCCGCUAUCUGUCCACCGCCCAGAUUGCUUCAAACCGAUUGCUGCAAAUAUGACCUUUACACUGCCUGCCAAAAUUCAAAUCCUCAUAUUCAAAAUGUUUUGGAUGAGAAAUGGUUAAUUUCCUGCCACACUCGGGUACAUUGAUCUUAGAGAGGUUUGUGUGACCUACUUGCUUUCAAAAGGCUUUCGGUGCUUCUUAAAAUUGAAGCGGAUGAUUCUUGAAAAUGAGCCAAUUUCAAAUUUUGCUGAAAACAAUACAAUUAAUAAAGAUUCUGCACUUUUGGGAAGAAAGCUAUUGAGGAUAAAUGUAAUCCAUACAUAUAAACAGCAAAGAUUCUGGAAAAGGUGUAAAUAGUGUGAAAUGUUUGGUGUAUGGCUGUUGAGAAGGGCGUGUUGUCAAAAAAAAAGGAGGCUGUAAUUUCCCCCACAGACCUUAGAGCUGUGCCUUUUCUAUGCAAUAUUACAGACAUAUACAUCUGAACCCAGAUUACUGUAUUCACAUGUAGGUAUGGGCUGUAAUCUAAACAAUUGGAUAAAUGUACAUGGAAAUAAGCAGUCUUACUUUUGUAGUUUUAUAUUAUACAAUAAACAGUUAAAAGGAUA